AUGGUUGAGCAUAAUGGGUAUAAUCCACUGUUUGUUCCAAAAAGUCAUCGAAUAACAAUUACUAAUAAAACAAAUACGAGAUGGCUUCCAGUAGUUGGCAACCGACUUUAUCGAGCUAUUGCUAAUUUAAACGAAGUGGUGAAUUUUGUUAAAAAGACAUAUCCUCAUAUUCCAGUUAAUGUUAUAGAAUGGCACAAAGUCCCAUUUCCUGAACAAAUUGCAAUGAUGCUUAACACUACCAUCUUUAUUACUCCUUGUGGAGGAGCUUCUAUGAUUGCGCCGUUCUUACCCCAUGGAGCGAGCGCUAUUAUAAUGGAUUAUUAUGUUUCUAAAGUUGACAUAUUCCAUUUUAAAAAAGGAGCUAGUGCGUCCAUGGAUGGAUUUUUUCAUAACCAUUUCCCUCAUUUUCGAAAAAUUUACUAUCAAGUUUAUGGUCCACAAGAUUAUGUUUUUGACUAUGAAGGUGCGACGAAUACACGAGACGAUGCAUCGAUUCUGGUGAACUUGACACGACUUCAUCUUUUAAUGGAGACUGCGAUGGACUGGCGAUUUUGA